CUCGGUGUUGUGACGUCACGCUUCGGGCUUCAAGAUGGCAGACGGUCACUGUGCAGCAGAGUUGGAUGUACGCGAGGAUGAACCUACGCUGCUGAUGAAUGGAAAGGGGGGCUCAUCAUCGGAUUCCGAGUGCGUUGCCGACGAAGACAGAUCGGGAAGUUUGAGUAAAUCGUUUUAUGUUAGUGGUGACCUGUGUUCGGAUAUUGUGUCGAAUGGCGCGGAAGAGUUUGAUGUGGAAUCUAGUGGGUUGUUGAAUGAGAUUUGUCGUGUAAUGGGUUCCGAACAUGUGGAGUUUUCUGGCGAUUUCAAGGAAAUUUGCUCGGAAGGUGAAGACAACUGCAGAAAGAAGAGAUGUGCGGAUCGUUAUGACAGCUCAGAAAGUUCAGACAGUGGGGUUGCGGUUCUAAGUUGCACAGACUGUUCGGGAAGCAGUAGCAGCAGUAGCAGUAGCGGCACUAGUGACAUCACAGACCCAGGAUCGCCGUUUAGCAGCGCGUCGAGUCACAGCUCCAACUCUGAGAGUGAUCCGGAGAACACAGUGCUCAGCAAGAUGCCUCCCUGGCUGACGGGUCUGACGGGCCUCGAGGGUUCGUCGGCGCUCAAACGGUUCCAGUUGCUCGAUCAGUGUGCGUCGGCCGCCAAACGCAAGCUGACGCUGGACGCUGAUGAUGAGGGAUAUGCAGGCGAGAACGGAUCUUCGCACGCCACCAAGACUCUCCUAGUGUUCCUUUCUGGAUCGGCUGCCGCUGCUUCCGCUAAACAGGUGACCGGAAUUUUGGGACCAGGAGUUUUAGGACCAACUAGGAAAAAGAAGAAUUUUGGAAUCUCUAUCUGCGAGCAGCAGCAGGAGCAACCUCAGGCACAGCAGGCAAAGUCACCUCGCAUUGCGGCGGAUCCGCCCUUCUUGGCUACCGCCUCCGAUCCGCCGUUCCUGGCCGCCGCCUCCGACCCGCCCCUCACCGUCUUCCGCCAGCCGGAGCCCGAGCCGCCCGAUGAUGAUGAUGAGGAGGAGCUCGACGAGGAGGAGGAGGAUCUCGAUCUCGAAGAGGACGAUGAGUGCCGUCAUCUGGUGCCCUCGGCCCCCGAACCGCCUCCGGCCGCCAUGCCUCCUCCGCCCCCGAUGCCCCUGCCGCUACCCCCGCCUUCAGGCACCGCCCCGUCGCCGCCUCGCACCAUUCGCUUCCCGGCCCGCAGCGGCACCUCCCCCGCCUGGAAGGGCCACCACUUCCAUCGCACCGACAUCGCUUGCCGCUGGAGCGGCUGUCAUCACUCCUUCGCCACCAGUUUGGCCCUCAUCGAACACCUUCAGGUGCAACACAUCAACACGCAGUCGCUGUCGGAGACGUUCGUGUGCCUGUGGGUAGGCUGCAAAGUGUUCGAGAAGGCGUCUUGUUCCCGGUCGUGGCUAGAACGACACGUUCUAAGUCACGGCGGCAACAAGCCCUAUCGUUGUAUUGUUGAUGGUUGUGGUCAAAGAUUUAGCUCACAGAUUAUGCUACAAAGACAUGUGAACGGGCACUUCAAUCAAACCGACUCCAACGGCAGUGGUUCAUCUGGAUCACGCAAGAGUCUGGAAACUGCUCCAAACAAGUUGUUCCGAAGGAAUGGGAAGAAAUUGCGCUAUAGAAGGCAACCUUUCUCAGCUCGAAUCUUCGAUUAUUUCGAUGCUGGAACAAUGGAAAAGUUACAACAAAAACUAAUAGAAGUAACAGAAAGUGAAAUCUGUGAAGAUAUGGACCAAAUCGGUAGUAACUACCUCACUUUACACAGCAAGAUUCUGGGUCAAAGAACUGAAUUAGACGGAACGACAAGUUUCAUGCUACGUUGGUAUCCUUCCAAUAUUGUGAACGACGAGUGGGUAAACGAGAAGAACGUCGUCGCGACGCGACAAGUGCCUCUGUCGCGGGUUCCAGUCGACAGUGAGUACACGACCGCCCUGCUACUCAACAGGCAUCGACGCCGGCGCAAACAGACCCCCACUCCCACCCCUACCCCGCCAGUCCAGCGAUGACCUUCGCCCGCGCCAGCCAACUCAUUUUAAAACUGACUGACGACGAAAUUCGUAAUUAUUAUUAAUUAUUAUUGUUAGAAGAAUAUUAGUGAAUCGCUAGCAAUGAUGCAUGCGCACACACAGACACGCACAACGAUUGACUUGUUUCGUUUGAUUUGAUCUUGUCAAACAAAAAUCAGGUUGUUGAGGCCCAUAUGCAGAACCUCGGUUUAAACGGAGCAAUGUCAGCUGUUCGUUUAAACCCCGAAUGAAACACAUUAUGAUAAAUGCAACCAUAUUUAUUUAAAAGUAAACGUGGUUUAGCGUUGACAGUUGAUGGUGCAUAUAGUCCCAAAUCUUAAUACUGUUGAACAGUACUUCGAAUUCUACAUAAAAUGUAGAGGUUGUGUUUGUUAUAUUGUCUGUCUGUCCUCAUGAGCGACUGUAUAGUGGGUGAUAAGAGAAUUGAUGGUUGACCCACAGUUAUGAACGAAAAAUUAAAGCCAGAUAAAUUAAAACUGGAAGUAAGAUUACACUUUCUUUACUUCAGGUACAUUUUCCAUUAGGGAGGUUGGCCACCAUAAUGGAAAUUCUAACUCUGUUAAAAAUUAUACUUACGGAGCUCAAAAGCAUCCACUGUUGUUAGGAAAAGAGAAAGAUUUCAGAAGAAAAUUUGAAAUUCAUGAAUUUCUAAAUCAAGAUCUGCUCAGUUUAUAUUACGGGUUUAUGAUUGAUUUCUAUGUUUCAUAUUUAUCAUAGAACUAAUCUAUGAAAUAUAUUUUCUCUAUAAUUUUUAUGUACGGACGGGAAAAUAACAUGCUCGUCUAUUUCUGAUGUCUAUGAUUUUUAAAUUUUUUUAUCUCUUACAAUAAAUUGUAAGUUUAUAUGUUUUAAAUUAUCUUUUAAAAAAAGUAGAAUUAAAAUUUUAAUUUCUUUUCCUUUGUUAUAUUUGAAAAUAUAUUCAUGAAAGCAAUAACACCAUCUAACAUCUCAUUCAUGUAUUAGAAUAAUUCAUUAUUGCUGUUUUAAUUCGAAAAAUAUCCAAUCUACGAAGUUAUACGCGGUCCAUAUAUAUCUAGUGUUAUUGUUGAUAGCCUAAUAAAUUCAAUGUAUAUCAUUGUUUUAAAGUUGUAUGUCGUUGGUGUUUUUAUAUAAAAUUCAUGAUCAUCCCAUCAUUAGUCUUCAUUAUCGAUCGAAAGCACAAAAUAAGGCUGUGCAUUUAUAUUAUACAAUAUUUAAAUGUUCGUGGCAAUUUUAUAUAACACCAUUUUACAUUAUAUUAAUGUAGAUCUGAUGAAGUACAAAUUUAACCUCAACUUAAUUAUAAUAAAUGUCCGUGUACAGUAGUAUAAGUUGAUUGGUUUCUUCCGAAUCCCUUAUAUUAUAAGAAACACUUAAAAGAUCCCUUCAUUGAUAUUUGUAAAGCGCGAUUUUGAUGUAGAAAUUGAUGUUAUACAAUCUGUGUUAUAGUGAAAUAUAGGUGAUUAAAGUGUUCAGUGCCUUCAGGAAUACUCAGGAUUCUGUUGUAAAUCUUUUAAAUUGAAAUUUUUCUUCAGACUCCCGAUUUUAAACGAUCAUUAAUGUUUUAAAUUGAUUGCGUGAUAUAAACUGAGCAUGCGAAUUCUCAAAAUUAUAAUUUCUUCUUGAAACACUUUCAAUCUACCUAUAAAUUAUGUGUGUUUGACAAUUCGAAAUUAGAAUAUUCUAAUAUCAAAUCUUAUGAAAAAGUCAUGCUGCUUGUGUGCUGCCCAUUGCUCUAGUGUGCGUAGCUCAUUUGUUCUAAAGUAUUGUUUAUUGUAAUAAUCAAGUUUGAGUUCCUCAUUGAAAAAGUGUAUGUAUCAUCAUCUAUCAUACGAGUGUUAAUUUCACUUACCUUCACUGACUAAAUUUCGGAAUUUAAUUUAUAAUAGUUAUUCCUAUAGUCUGAUUCUAUUCCGAUAAUUUUACCGAUUGAAUAAUUUUUUUAACAAUACUGUAGUUCAAGAAUCAACAACUGUUGUUGUUUUUUAUUGCAUUGACCUAAAAAUGUGUUGAAUUUUUUUAGUAUCAGAAUGUUGAACAUCUAAAUUUAUCAAAUUCUCAUCAAUUAUUGUUAGAAUAUCCUAUUUUUCUCUAACUUGGUCAUGUCGGUCAAUUUAUAGGAAAACUAAUAAAAAUGUGUAAAUAAAUAACAAAUACCUACAAUCAAAUAAUUUCACAGGUCUGAUAUUAUUAUCCUAUACAGAAAUAAUAGAUAGCUCCUAGAUUUGUUACGAUCUCUUCCACUCAACACCAUUUAUAUUCAUAAUUGGAGCUUGAAAUAAAAAUGCUAUGAUCUACAAAAAUUUCCUGAUUGAUUACGGUAUUUAUGAUACACUUAAUUUUCUGUAGACUUUAUAGACAUAUUGCAGAAAUAAUUAUUGAGAGGGGAAACAGAAAAAUCCAGAAUCUAUUUUCCAAUUCAUAGUACCUAUUUUAUCUACUAUGAAUUGAAAAGUAUACUAUAUUGCUAUAUGCCUAUUGAUUACUCGAUAUUCUAAUAUUACAGAAGUAAAAAUUGUUCUAUAAUUUAUCCAGAUUAUUCAUGGUUUUACCAUGUUACAUUAUAUUUGGUUCAAAUAAAUUGACUGUCCAUUACAAAGUGAAACAUUAAUGAGGCACCUGAAUUCCAAAAAUGUUUUGCCACAAUUAAGGAAUUGAUUCUAGAAUCGGUACAAAAAUCUUAUUUGAAUUGAUUCAUAUGAUUGUAGUAAAUCAUUUCGUUUUAUUUUGGGAGCGAAUGCAUUCAAUACUGUAUACCUUUAAAAACUAGAGAAAAAAUGAAAUCUCAUACCAUCGCCUAUUAUUCAAUGCCUACUUCUGGCUGAAUAGUUUUGUGUUUUAAUUCCCUUGUUGUAGUGGAUUUUUGUCUUCUACUUUACCUCUAUCUAGAAGUUAUAAUAACUAAGAAAAAACGUUCAAGAAAACAUCCAUAAAGUACAUAACGUUGACCGGUUACUCUACAAUUAAUUGCUGCAGUAUAACUUCAUAUUUUUGAAUAAUCGUGAUGAUAUUGAUCAUCCCCUAAAACUAUUAACUGUUGUACACCAUUAGUUGUUUUUAAUAAAAAAUUGGAAAAUUAAAGUAAUAAAAUAUAUCUUUAUAAAUAAUUUGAGCCGAGAUCGUUUUCAAUAUGUUUUAUCACAUUACAAACAUGGAUUUUUCAAAAAGGAACAUUAUACAUUAAUUAUUGAAUCAUAAUCUAACAAUUGGAAAAUUGAAGUAAUAAAAUAUAUCUUUAUAAAUAAUUUGAGCCAAGAUCGUUUUCCAAAUGUGUCAUCACAUUACAAACAUGGAUUUUUCAAAAAGGAACAUUAUACAAUUUUAAUAUACAUCAAGGAGUGAUAUUUACACGCAUAAAUUACAUCAUUAAUUGGUUUCUAACGAUUGCUGAUGAAUCUCUGUGAAAUUGAAACUCGUGUGAUAGUCAGGAAAUAUUUAUAGUUUUAUAAUGAUAAUAGCCUAUAUUUCACUGCCAUGUAAAAGUUGAUCUUGAAGCUCAAUUUGUGAUGCCACACUCGGACAUCUGAAGAGUUUUCAUGGUGAGUCUGAGACAGGCCUGUAAGCAAAAGCUCGAACAUGUUCCUCGAGCAAGAAUAUUGCUAUUCAGUGUACUCUUUUCUGUUCCAAGAUAUUAAAACAGGUGCAUCGAAUGCACUCAUUUUCAUUUCUAUUAUAAUUAAAAUUUCCUGAUUGCUUAAACACCAAUGUUUGAUGCGUUUUUCGUGUCUACAUAUUUUUUCUUAUUCAUUUUAUAAUAAUUGACAACAUUACUUCCUAUUAUCAUUGGAUAAUUUUUACUUAGGCUUUGAAUAAUAUUUGUAUUAUUAAUAAUAUUAAUACUUAUAAUACCAGGCUUCAUAGAUUGUUCAAUGCCUUCUAUUGAAAUGUAAAUAAUAAUCAUUUUGUACAGGUGGAAUUCAUUUUCCAUUCUUGUUCAUUCGGAAAAUUGUAAAAUGUCUUAUUUUGUAGUUCUAGAACGAUUUUGGUGUUUUUUAUAUUAAUUGUUAUAUAUUGGAUGCAUUUGAAAUGUUUCUAAUAAUUUCCAAAAUAUCAAUAUUAUAAUCAACAGGACCUACUUGAGUAUCAAGUAUCAUUUACUUUUUAAACAAUGUGAAAUUUUUUAGUUUUCUCGUUUAUUUACUUGUAUUUUUGUUCUCUUCGAAUCAUGGGUGUUUUGUUAGAUAAUUACUAGAAAUUAUUAUUUUUAUUGAUAAAGACUGAAGUCUAUUAUUGUUUUUUUAAAGCGUAACGUGAAAAAUGUUUGUCAAAAUUGAAAGUGGAAGAUGAAAAUACGAAUAUGAAAAAUGAUGUAUGGUUCCCUUGUAAAUACAGUAGAUGUUUAAAAAGCCACAUGGAUUUGGCUGUAAGAGAAGUUGAUUGUCUAUGAGUAGAUGGCAAGUGUAGACAGGUUGACUCAAUUAGUAGGAUGUUAGGAUCGGUAGAAGGAAUGGUGCAAGUGCAAGUUAAAUCACUGUACUCGGCCUGGACCAACCAGCUGUCAAAGCCACACUGCCGGCUAAUUAAUCAUUAUCAAUUAACUAAUUAAAAUUUAGAUUUGAAGAAGUAUAGUCGUGCGUUUCAGAUAGUUAGGUUUAAUUCUAUUUACAGAGAAUAUAAAUUAUAUAUAGUGACGUUUGUCGACCACAAUUAAACAUGUUAUUGUAAAUUAAUAAUGUAUCAUAUAUAUUGUAUAACAUAGUCAAUCUAGAGUAAUGUUAGCACUUGUGCCCUGUGUUUUAACGGUUGCACUAUCGUUGACUUGGAAGCAGUAAUAUCAAGUUAGUUCCCAAUUUCCAUGGCACUUUCUCUUCAAGUUACCACAAUUACAGUUAACUUUGUUGAACAGUCAUAUCUCAGAUCCAGUGGAGUAGUUUCACAAAAAGUAAGUUUUUUACUUUACUUUUUAGUGAAGUACCUAGUGGUUUUCACAUGUGUUCAUAGACUACUCGUAUGUUCUAAACGGCGGUUCUGAAUCACUAGAAAAUCUUCUUUACGAGAAAACAAAACUACACUCAACAUUUAACUUUCAGCACUAUAUUCCGUUUCGCUCACGAACUGGCUUGUAGUCACCAAAUUAUUUCAUGCUUUUUACUUUCAUUUUUCGUUCGGAAAUCUUUAUUAACUAGAAUUUUCGUUUUCCAUCACCGCAGUUGACUUCCAACAAUCUCACCUCCAAAACUCUCACUAAAAAGUGUUUCAGAUCUUUGUCAACCAUGGUAAUGAUUGUUUUUACAUUCAAUUUAUAAAAGCUAGACUAAUAAGUUUGUACCUCCUUUGCAAAGAAUUGAAAAAAUAAUGAUGCUUUUUUUGAGACAUAACAUUUUUUUAUUACAUAUAUUAUUUCCUUUUAAAAUUAUAUUAUUUCAAUUUAAUUCUUCUUUCUAUUAAUAAAUAAAUUAAUUUGCUCGAUGUUUUUUAUGGAAACUCAUAACUUCUGUAGUUAGUGACCUGAACAUCUUAUUCUAAUUGUACGGGAACUAUUUAAUGAGUAUAGACUGUAGUUAGGUAAUGUAAAUAAGUAAGCUGUAUUUAUCAGGUUAGAAUAGUUGAGUAUUUAUUGGAUUCCCUGAUUUAUAGAAUUGCCAAGAUAAACUAACUACUAUCUCAUGUUGGAAACCUCAUAUAGAAUAAUUGUGACUGUUUUGAGUUUACCAAAAUAGAACUGUUAUUCGAUAAUAAGAAAACUGCCAUGAUGAUUCCCUCAUUAACAUCUUCCAGUUAUAGAACAGCUAUUAUUUGAGAUUGAUCAAAUUUUAAUCAAUGGUCAUUAAAUACUUUCACUUAAUCCAUUCUACCAUUUUAAUGAUUUUCGUGUACCUAUAAAUUAUCACUUAGUCUUUCUAAUUCUUUUUAUUUUUUCCCCAUCUCUUACUUAUUGUAUCUGUUCUCAUCCCUCCAAGUACAAACAAUCGAAUCUUAUAUACUAAUACAUUCUAUUCGAAUGAUUCAUCCUUCUUAUCUUUUCUUUCAUCCACUGCCUUUUUAUGUGUGAACUGUUCAGAAAUUAUUUUCCUUGAAGAGACGUUUUUGUAGAAUAACUUCCAGUCGUUCAAUUGACACUACUGCCAUCAUGACAAUUUUCAGUUAGUUUUAGUGUCAAAUUUGAUCAAUGUCACUGCCAUUAUAAAUUUGUUGAACGUUCUAGAGUAACGAUACUGCCUGCCAAGUUAAAAAUAUAGCAAUAAUGAGAUAAACGCACGAUUCCAAUUUCAUUGUGAUAUUUUCGUGUAUAUUGUAUGAAUAUAUGUGUCAGUGUUGUUGACAAUUCAUCAAUAUUCUAAAAUAGUUGAAUAGAAAUUUGUCGUAGGGCUGCUCCAUAUCAAGCGUUUUUCAAGCAUUUUUCUAGGCGCCAACCCAAUCAGCCAAUCGGAGAGCUUCCUGCCCUACCGACUCUAAAAACGUCGUCUGGAACGUCUUCAAAAACGCUUAAUAUGGUCUGACCCUAAAUUUUUCACCUUUUAAUUUUUUGUAAGCUUGACGUUGAAUUAAUCAACUUGUCACGAUUUUUCAACUCUUGUGCUUUAAUGGCAAUCAAAUAAAUAUAUUGACUUUUCUGUUUCUGGAAAUUUAUUAAUUAGAAAAAUCUCAAAUAGAAUUGUAUGGAAUAUUCAUUUUAAGAAGAAUUUCAGUGCGAUUAUCAACUGUCUUUCAAACCUUAUACUAUUAGGAUUUUACAUGUCUAAUAAUUUAAUAAUAACUUUAUUCUAUAUUCCUAUUCUUUGUUCUUGAUAGAUUAAUACUUUGAUGUCAAAGUUAACAAAUCAGGUUAAAAUUUACACCAAUAUGUUUGUGCCUUUUUAGACUUUUGUAUUUUGGCCUAAAGUGAAUUGCAAUAUAUUCUUAUUUUGCUGAAUUUAUUUCUUUUUCUGGCUAUAUAAGUAGGUACGUAUUUGUACUUUUAUUAAAAAUAUCUUUUUGUCAUGAUUGACGACGGAUUUGGUGGAUAUUCACAAAAUAGGUUGAAUUUGUAAACUUUCUAUUUAUCAUUGGAAAAAUGCUGUCACAGGCAUUGAAGCUUCCCCAGAUUCAUUUGAGCAAUCCACAAAAUAUUUAUACACUUACUACAAUAUACCGGAGGUAGGCCUAUUACAGAUACAAUUACUUAAUGGUCGAUUUCUGUGUAGAGCCAUAAGCACUACAUGCUGUAAAAUUAUACUUGAUGGAAUCAGGUCUAAAUUAUUGCUUUUGAAUUAAAUUUCACUUAAAAUGUAAUUAAGAGGAAACUAGAUCUGGAUUCGCACCAAUAUCUUCAAGCGGGUACUAUAAUUAUUGUAAUUGUAGUUCCCAAGCUGAAAAUAAUUAUUCAAUGAUUAAAAUUAUGGUUGAUCUGAUGUUCAUCUUUCUAAAAUUUGAAUAACUCUGUUAUCCUCCUACCUAUUAAUUUCUUCUAUAUUGAAGAAAAUUUUUCGCUGCUAUCCUGGUAUCUUUUAAAUUGAUUUUUAGUCCAUCGAUGUUAUGGAUUAUGAUAAAUUGAAAGUUUCUUCUCAAGUGAUUGCUUAUUUUUAUUUCAAGUCAGUUCAAUAGCCGUUUAUAAAAUGAUUUUUAUCUUCCCCUUUUCCGUAAAAAUGUUUACAUUGAUCUCCUAACGUUCAUUUCGUUGUCAAUUUAUAACGUAUAAUACAUUUUUAGAUUAUGCCUAAUUUUUUAUAAUUUGUAUAGAUGUAUGUGGAUUUGGCUCCAAUAUUUUAAGUACUGCGAAUAUCACAUUUAGAGUAGUACAAGUUUGUGUUCUUAGAAUGUAUCGUUUUAUCUGUUGCCAUCACAUUUUUGAGUUCAAAGACUGCAUUUUAUAAGGCUGAAUUCUUUUUAGAUUGUGAAUGCCUAUUCUCAAACACUUAUUUGAUUUCUUAUAAAUUCUAAAUUGAUUUCAAAUUUCAAUAGAACUAUAUUAAUAGCAAUACAAGAAAUUAAUUAUUAAUAUAUUUUUUAAACCUCUGCCAGAAGGAUAGAUGGAAUACGUUUUAGGGCUUCUUGAAACAAUGAAUACAAAUCUAUAAGAGAUUUAAGCAUCGUACAAACUGAUGUAUGACUUCACCGUGUCAUAAAUCAUGGAAUAAAGUUAACUAACAUUCCUCUUUUUAUUAUGAGAGCAAUUCUUAACUCUUCACUUUACCGUUAAUUUGACAUUCAUCUAGAAAAACCAGUGGUUUGAUUUUCUACUGGUGAGCUUACUAAUUAUUGUAGAACUUGAUCCAACCAGGACCUCUUAUAUACUAGGAAAUCCUGAUCCAACCCAUUACUUUUUUCAAAAUACAUCAUAAAUUAUUUUACUAACUAGUUUUUAUUGAAGCUUUUGUUUGGAAUCAUCAUUGUGAAAAUAAUGCUAAAAAAAGACGGGUCCUAUUCUUUUCAUAAAUUAUAGUAAUAAUUCGCGUUAAAAUUGAUUCUACCUGUAUAUAGUUAGAACUGAUUUUGACGACCAGAGAUAAUAAGUACUAUUCAAUAUUCAUGUAUUUUAAAAAUUCCUAAAACGUCUUACAGCUAUUCAAUUGUAGCGGCAUAUCUCCUUAAUGGUAUUGCUAGAAUCUUAACCUUCGAAUGCUUUAGAAAUAAUUAUAUCUUGCUGAAAUUUUGUAAAAUAUUUCAUUCAUCUAAAAAUACAGCCUAAUAUGAUGAAUCUUUCCAAUGAUAUAGAUGGUGUGGAUUAUAGAGAAAAUAUGUGGUAUUUGAAUGUCUAAUAAUAACAAUAUGCAUUAUCUGUAGUGAUUUCGCUUCACGCCCGAGUCUGAGCUCAUGAUGUGUAAGGGUUUGUAACAUAGCAAGAAAAGUUAACUAUUAUAGUAAUUAUUAUAUUGAUAAAGUAUUUGACGAUUAUCCAAAUGCUAUUUGGAUAUGCACACUCAACAAAGCAGAUCUCUUUUUGUAUAAUAUAUCUAGGAAUAUUAUUAAGUAUUAAUAUUGAGUACUGACAUUAAUACGUUUUUAAUAAAACUUCCAGAAAAUAAUAUUACACAUUUUUACUUAUUGAAUGCAGUUAUAAGUUUAUUGAUUAUUGUUUUUCUUUUGCAAUGUUUUGCAUUUUAAUUAGUUGUGGUGUGCGAUUGUAACUUUUUUUCUGUUGUGUGCGUGAACUUGUUCUGUUCCAAAUCAUCGUUUUGUUGUAAUAGAUUGAGUUAGAAACCAUAUUUGAGCAUAAUUCACAAAAUAUUUUAUAAAUAGUGUAAUAAUGAUGACUAUAGAUACUAAAAAUAUAUAAUAUGAAAUAUCUUAACUUAUUGUUGAACCCGGAUCGAUGAUUAUUUAUUUAGAGUGCCAAGUCAUGUGUCAGCCACUGAUGGUGUCUGUACGUGUGUUGUCAACUAGGAGUAAUAUUAUUAACUUACUACUGUUAAAGCAUGACUUGUCAUUAUUUUAUCCGACUGUGACGAGACUGUGUUCCUUUAUUAGAGAGAUUAGACACAGAUUUGAGCUUGACAAUAAGACAGAAUCAUUCAUCUUGAAAUUCGAUAUGAGAAUUUAGGUGGAUAGAUCUCGACAAGUCUUGCAAUUAACAAAUCUGAAUGUAUGUAUGUAUGUGUAUAAUGAUUGCAAUGUAUGUAUAUGUUGAAAAUAUGCAAGUGAGACACAUAACACUAAGGUUAACUUGCUAAGGUUCACUUUAUCAGAUUGAUAAAAUCCAUGUACAAAUAUGUAUAUUUUGUAAGAACAUUAAAAGUUGAUAGUGGUUUUCUGAACAAAACAGCGGUAUAUUUUUUCAGAGUAAUUAUAAUAUUCUAGAGCAAAGACCACUUAGUCACCUCAUCAAAAUGUGUGACAGACAAAUGUACAAAAGACAAGAUUCGAGCUCGUGCCUCGUAUGUGUUAACCGGAAGAUUAUUGGAGAGCGGAGGCGAUCGACAGCCAAUAGCAAUCGCCAUCGCCAACCUCAGCCAUUGCGUUUCUAUUAUUAGACAGAGAGAGAGUGUUGGUAUGUUAAUUGUACAAUAAUGCAAGAGAUUGAGAGAAUCUGGAUGUAUUAAGAUUUUAAAAUAAAUUAUAUUGCAAUUA